AUGUUUGCCAGACCAGAAGGAAUUGAAAAUUGUCGAAUUUGGAUCGAUGGAUGUUUUGAUUUUGCACACCAUGGUCAUGCUGGUGCCAUGUUACAAGCUCGUCAAUUAGGUAAAGAGUUAUAUGUUGGGGUUCAUUCUGAUGAAGAAAUUCUUUUGAAUAAGGGUCCAACAGUUAUGAAAUUAGAUGAACGUAUUACUGCUGUUGAAGCUUGUAAAUGGUCUACCAAGGCUAUUGGUGAUGCGCCAUAUGUUACAGAUCCAAACUUUAUGGAUAAAUUUGAUUGCAAAUAUGUAGUCCAUGGUGAUGAUAUUACUACAGAUGCAAAUGGUGAAGAUUGUUAUCAAAUUGUUAAAGAUUUAGGUAGAUUUGUGGUUGUAAAGAGAACUCCUAAUAUUUCAACCACAGAUUUAGUAGGAAGAAUGUUAUUAAUGAGUAAGAAUCAUCAUUUCAAAUCAAUAUUGAGUAUUGAUCAAAGUUCAAAGAAUCCAUUGUUGAAUGAAGAAAAUAUUGAAAAAUUCAAGAUAUAUGCAAGUGAUUCAACUGGUCUACAAUCUGGAUCAGGAGUUUAUUAUUAUUAUGGUGAUGAAAAAUUAAAUACUUUAGUUGAACCAUCUUCUAGAAUUGCUGAUAUUAAUGAAAUAUAUUAUGUUGAUGGAGGUUUUGAUUUAUUUCAUCCUGGUCAUAUUGAAAUUUUAAAUCUUAUUAGAAAAGAUGCUGAAGCUAGUACUAAUAAAGUUAAGAUUGUUGUUGGAAUUCAUGAUGAUUCUACCAUUAAUAAAGUUGAAGGACUCAAUUAUCCAAUUAUGAAUAUAUUGGAAAGAUCCUUAUGUACAUUACAAUGUCGAUAUGUUGAUAGUACUGUGUUGGGUGUACCAUAUGAACCAACGACGGAAUUCUUAAAUAAAUUACCUGGAAAAGUCACUAGAGUAUAUCAUGGACCAACCCAGACUGAAGGACAAAAUCAAUAUAAAUACGUACCAAAAGAAUUAUACCAUAAAGUUAAGGGUCAUAAAUAUGAUUUCAUGAAUACUGAGUUUAUAGUUAAUCGAGUUUUAAGUAAUAAGGCAGCAUAUGAAGAGAGGCAAAAGAGAAAGGGGUGGAAAGCAGAAAUCGAAAACAAGUUGAAGGAGGAUGAGAGUUCCAAAGCAUAA